GACGCUUGUUUACACAACAAAACUCCCUCCGAGGCGCUGCUGACAGAAUUUAAUCGACAUCCCCAAAACAAUGGCAGCGAUAAGCCCAAAGAAACGCAACAGUAUAUUUGAUGAUUCUGAUGACUCUGAUGGAGAACAAGAGAGUACAAAGGACACACAACCAGAGUUACCUCGGAAGGUGAACAAAACGACCAAAGAGGAAAAUGCACGGAGUAAAAAAGUGGAAGGAAGGAAGGAGACUGACAAAGCACGAAAGAAAUCCACUCCGGAAAAAGGAGAGGAGAAAGACAAAGUGCGAACGAAAUCCACUCCGGAAAAAGGAAAGGAGAAAAGCAAAGUACAAACAAAAUCCAGUCCGGAAAAAGAGGCAAAUGCAGAGGAGUCUCCUUCUACUAAAGAGGAAAAUGAGGUUGCCGAGGGAAAGGAGGUGACGCUGACCCCGGCACAAAUGGCCCUGAUCGAGAAGAAGCGACAGCAGGCUCUUUUGAUUCGAAGGGAGAAGAUGAACAGAAGCAAUCCUUACUUGAAAGCUGAAGAGAAGAAGGACAAUGUAAAGGUGAUACGCGUGCAAGAUACCAAGUUAAUUGACACUGGUGGUGGCUUCUUCAUUGAGGAAAAUGAAAACCCUGGCAAUGAGAUCACAGACGAUGACAUGGAUGCUGCUAUGAAAUUGGUAACAGAACCAGCACCAUUGUUUGAAGAGGACAGACCAUUUUGUUUGGAAUGUGAUCAACCGUUCAACAAUUCAUUUCUCUUUCACAACUUUGACCAUCCAGUAUGUGAUCAGUGCAGAGAUAAUGAUGACAAGCAUGCACUCAUCACAAAGACAGAUGCUAAGAGUGAGUACUUGUUGAAGGAUGUAGAUUUGGAGAAGAGGGAGCCGCCUCUGAAGUUUAUUGUGAGAAAAAACCCUCACAAUUCACGAUGGGGUGACAUGAAGUUGUACCUGAAAUCUCAGAUUGAGAAACGUGCUCUUGAGGUGUGGGGCUCAGAAGAGGCCAUAGAAGAGGCCAUGGAAAAGAAGGAAGAACAGAGAGAAAUAAGUAAACAAAGGAAGUACAACAAGAAGAUGAAAGAACUGAGAAUGAACGUAAGAAGCAGCUUAUACACCCGAGCAACCAAAACGCACGAACAUGAAUAUGGUGAAGAAGUCUACCUCCCUGACGAAGAUGAAUAUUCUCGGACUUGUAAAACUUGUGGCCACAGUUAUACCUAUGAUAAGAUGUAGUAGCAGCUAUGUGGGAAAAAUGUGCAUAUACUCAUUAGGUUAUUAUCAGGGACUAUUUAUAUAUUUAUUUUCUUAAUGCCUUGAGUUUUUUGUGAGCUGGGCAACAUUUUGGCAUUUGAGCUUUUGUAUUUAACUGAUGGAAAAAAAUAAAAACAUUAAUAGCUGAGAUUUUGAAGAUUGUUCUGUGUAUUAAGUGAAGUCUUGGUGUACUAGUAAUCCCUUAUAUAGUGUGUACUGCCUAAAUAUAAUUACUAUGUGGCCCU